AUGCCUUUGCUAGAUAUAACUAAUCCUGCAGUAAUCAUAUUCCUCAAAGAGAAUUAUGAGAAAGAAAACCGUUUACGAUUGAACUGGAUUACCAAACAUCGUGAAGCAAUCCAGCAUGCAGCGACCUUGAACAGAGAACCUACCGGUUACUAUGAAAAAGAUGUGAUUGCGCAUAACAUGAAAGAAGGCAUGGCCACCAUAACUAGGGACCAUAUAGUCGCUGGUUAUAAUAGAAGAAAAGUACCGAUACGCGACGGUACUUCAAUUCCUGGUAUAGCUAAAUUACGAGAAGGUAAUUCUAUUGCUGAUAUUAAACUCGGUGAUCCGAAAGAGGAUCCAAGACUAGUUAGGCCUCCUACAGAUUUAAGAAGAGACCCUAUUAUGAGGCCAAUAAACCCAGAAUUAAAAGAAGUGGUAUACAAAUCAAAACCAGAAUUUGGAAGGGUGGAGUACUUAAAGAGGCGUUCAAAAAUAUUGCCAGAGAACAGAUAUUAUUUCUCAGAAUGUAGUAACUGGGAUUACGGUUGGCGAACGGGCGAUUCUGUACUACGCCAGAAGCCGAUGCACGGGAGAUGUUGGCAUCUUACCAGAACUUUGAGGACUCGUGUUGGUCCGCAACCUGACCCAUCGCAUUAUAAGUCUUCAGAUUUUCCGGGGCCUUCUAAAUGUGUUGCGAUAUAA